AUGAAUCUCGGGUCCGGAGGGUUGGACUGGUUAGACUUUCAGCUUCAAGAACCAAUAUUGCAGCAGGAACAAUCCCUUAUGACAAGCACACCUCAUUCUAUCAUCCCUUUAAUGGAUCCAAUUCUUGGCAACAAUCAAAUGUAUGGCAGUAAUACCGCUGGGUUGACAAUCCAUGACCGAGGUGAUAACGGCGGAAACUUCACAAAUGUCAAUAUCCCAGCCUCGCAGCAGUGGCCAUUCGACCAAAAUCGCGAACGGUUUCCACCCCGAUGUCGACUGCCACCUCUCCGUGACAUCCUACACGGGAGUGUUACCUCGGUUUACGGAAAGAACAUGGACACCUUACAAGAGAUCGUCCAGCUUUUAUCUGUCCCUUACAUUCCAAAGUUGGACAACUCAUCAUACGUCGGAUCAAGACUUGCAGCUUUCAAUCUGUUACAGGAAGCGAUUGGCAGCUUCUUUGCCGGCUUUCAUCCCAUUCUUCCUAUCAUCCAUGUCCCGACGUGGAAUUUAUUCAAAUACCCAACUGUGCUACUUGCUAGUAUGGCUUGCAUCGGAGCUAUGUUACAGGAAGAUCAGGGUUCUUCAGACGUGUCGAAUGCUUUUAGCGAGAUAUGCACACGGAUGAUUUUUUGGCUGGCCUGUUCGGACAGCAAUAGUUACUCCGACCUGUCCUAUCUUAGUGCUUCUUGUCUGCAUCAAAUCUUCUCACUAGGAUCUGGGAACCGUCAACUAUAUCAGGACGCAGACCGUUCCCGCGGUGCUUUGAUCGGUGGCUUGCGAGGCAUGGGACUCCUAACCUCCCGUGUGUCUAUAGAGGCCGAAAAAGCAGAUCUGCAAGCCUCGAUAUACACUAACACGACCGAUGUGCAGGCAGAAUGGAGGCAGUGGAUAGACCGAGAAAGAGAAAAGCGUGUAACUUGGGCAUCGUUCGAAUACGACUGUAGUCUUGCCACACUAACAGGUCGCCGCGGCGCUGUCGAUCUCGGAGAAUUGCCAUAUACAUUCCCUUGUGCUGAAUCCUUAUGGGAAGCUCAAUCCGCACAAGCGUGGAAAACUCUUUCAAUACACUCGUGCUUUGGCAUAUCUGUCACAUCUGUUCUUGAAAGAGUAAUGACUAGGAGAUCUGUACCAGCCACAUUGUCAUCAUGGGGGAAAAGACUUUGCAGUCAGAUUAUUGGGCGACUCCUGUGGGAUAUGAAGCAGCUUGAAGUUGCAUACCUGAGCAAGGCUUUGCGUCUACCUUCGUUAGUGUCUGUUCAACAACAAGCUAAAUUCGCUCUGCUUGAAGGAUUUGAGAAUCUCGGGCGCUCCAUUGGGAGCCCAGGUUCAAGCAAAGAGUUGAUUGAUAACAAUAUCUCGCAAUUGAUUGUCCAUUAUUGCAAUCUUUAUAGCUCGGACGACGUAAUGGAGCUCGUGGUCUAUAUCGUCCGAAACGUCGCCACUACUUCCCACAACCAAACCAACAUCCAACUAAUCGAAGCAGCAAAACAUCGACUGAGAGCAAAAUUCAGUAACGAUGCGUCCCGGACACGAAAGCUGGUCUGGCAUGCAGCACAAAUCCUUGCUAUUGCCAACCAAUACCUAGUCUCCGCCCCAUGCGAGAUACUGCGUAUCUUCAUGGGCUCUAUAUUCUUAAUGGCCUUCUCAAAGUAUAGCACCUGCCCAUCUUACUUUGAACUCGAUAAAAACGACUUGCCGUACGUUAAGCUGGACGAAAUCCAAAAUACAAUUGGAUGUCAGACGCCACUCAUCAGUGACUGGAUCCGCCAUGGCGGUCCAGCUUAUAUAGCUGAUGUUGACGAUAUCUAUUCUGAGAAAUUUUCCAGUCAUAUUAGUAUCCGAACUCAGGCCUUGUUGCAAAGGAUAGAAUACUGGGGUUUGUCUCGUAAGUUUGUGCGAAUACUUCAGAUUUUUGAGACCACUGGAUGA